AUUCAACUUCCUUCCUUUUUAUAACUGCCAGAACUGAGAAGCAAGGGCUGAGAGACAGAGGCACCCCAGAGGGAGACACAAUCCACUGCGAUAGAUCACAAUGACAGAAAAGGACCCAGAAGCACACCUGGAGGAGGAGGAGGAUGACCUGGAUGGCAAGCUUAAUUACAAGCCCCCUCCGCAGAAGUCUCUAAAGGAGCUGCAGGAGAUGGACAAAGAUGAUGAAAGUCUUGCCAAGUACAAGAAAACUCUGCUAGGAGAUGGGCCUGUGGUAGCAGAUCCAACUGCUCCCAAUGUAGUAGUCACUCGACUCACCCUAGUCUGUGACACUGCUCCAGGACCAAUCACUAUGGACCUUACUGGGGAUCUUGAAGCUCUGAAGAAAAAGGUCUUUGUGCUAAAGGAAGGAGCUGAAUAUAGAGUCAAAAUUAAUUUCAAAGUAAACAAGGAUAUUGUGUCAGGGCUGAAGUAUGUGCAGCAUACCUACAGGACUGGGGCUAAAGUGGACAAAGCUACAUUUAUGGUUGGCAGCUAUGGGCCUCGGCUAGAUGAGUAUGAGUUCCUGACACCUCCGGAGGAAGCCCCCAAGGGUAUGCUGGCCCGAGGCACUUACCACAACAAGUCCUUCUUUACUGAUGAUGACAAGCAUAACCACCUCACCUGGGAGUGGAAUCUGUCCAUUAAAAAGGAGUGGACAGAAUGAGCUCCUUGCUCUACAUUCCCCUUGCCUUGUCGUACUGCUAGUGAAUGAUAUAUUCUAAAACUCCACAGUUCUGCUCCUCUUCCUGUGUACCCCACCCCCACCCCCAGGAUCUCCAAAGCUCUCCAACUAUUCUCAUUUUCACAUGGUACCCUGUGAAAUUUAGUACAUUGGUACAAUUGGCAUUUGGUACAACUUUGAGGUUAGCCCAUGGCCUCUUUUCUAGCUAGGCUGAAAACAAAUACACUCAGUUUCACCACAAAAGCAGAAAAGGUUUAAAACAAAAUUCCCUUUCUGCUCUCUCCUCCUUUUGUAUCUGAUCUUUGAGAAGCCCAAAUUUGAUUAACAUAAAUAUCUCAUUCAGAUACCCUUGAGCAGCUAGUGAACUUAGAGAGAGACAGAGACAGUGAGAGAGUGAGACAGACAGACAGACAGACAGAGACAGAAAAGAGAGAGAGAGAGAGAGAGAGAGAGAGAGAGAACAGAGAACAGAGACAGAGAAGCCUCCCACUAGCAGUCCUCUUUCCAGGUGUUCCAAUAACCAAUUCCCAUUGAAAUAGCCUAAAAUGGUUGCUGCUGUCCUGAUAAAGGGCCUUAAUCUGCCUUAAUCUGUUUUUAUGAAUAAAGCCACCUUGGAGUCUUCUAUGAGCAAAACUGUAAACAAUUCAACAGUUUAUGAAUAAAACUACUGCUGUCUAUUAUG